AAGAUCCUGUUACUACUUUCUGUUUCUGAUUUUUAUUUUCUUUUUUUUUCAUAGGAGUCAUAAACAAAAUGUCAAUAUUUAAGGGCAGGAAGGAAAUGCAAAAGGCCUACUUUUUAAAAGCAUGCUUUUAAUUGAAGAAUUCUUAGACUAAGGAUUUUCUUUUUUAUUAUCUCUGAAUCAUUAUUGGGAAGAAAACGAAACCACAGAAGAAAUUAAUAAAAUGAACAAUGCCAGUUCCAGAGGAUAUUUCAUCCUGAUAGGUUUCUCUGACCAGCCUCAGUUGGAGAAUAUACUGUUUUGGAUUAUCCUGAUAUUUUAUUGCUUGACCAUUGUGGGUAACAUGACCAUCAUCCUGAUCUCCUGCCUGGAACCUAGACUCCAUACUCCCAUGUAUUUCUUCCUCUCCAAUCUUUCCCUACUAGAACUCUGUUUUACCACCAGUUGUAUACCUCAGAUGUUGGUCAACCUCUGGGGGCCAGAGAAGACAAUCAGUUACAUUGGUUGUGCCAUUCAGCUAUAUGUAUUCUUAUGGCUUGGAGCCACUGAGUGUAUUCUACUUGUUAUCAUGGCUGUAGAUCGCUCGGUGGCAAUCUGUCGACCAUUACAUUAUGUUUCUAUCAUGCACCCCCACCUCUGUCUUCAGCUGGUAAUCCUUGCUUGGGGAAGUGGCCUGAUUCAGUCAAUGAUCCAGGUACCAUCUACCUUACAUUUGCCUUUCUGCCUUCACCACAGAGUGGAUGAUUUUGUAUGUGAGGUACCAGCCAUGAUUCGCCUGUCCUGUGGGGACACUGCUUAUAAUGAGAUUCAGCUAUCUAUAUCUAGUAUCAUUCUCCUGGUAGUGCCUUUGGUCUUCAUUCUGAUCUCCUAUGGUGCCAUCACCAAAGCAAUCCUAAAGGUGAAGUCUACAGCUGGACAGAGAAAGGCAUUUGGCAUCUGUGGCUCCCACCUUUUAGUGGUAUCCCUCUUUUAUUGCACUGUCACAGCUGUCUACCUUCAACCAAAGGGCCAAUAUAGUCAUAAACAAGGAAAGGUCUUUACCCUCUUCUACACUGUAGUCACCCCCACUAUGAAUCCUCUGAUCUACACUUUAAGGAAUAAGGAAGUAAAGGUGGCAUUAAAACGGUUAGGGGAAAGGAAUUGGGUGUCCUGGGAGAACUGUAGAAAAUGACAAAAGGGAAACAAAAAAUUAAUGCUAGAAAUACACAACGGAUACACAUAAAUAACCAUAUGCACAGUCACAUAUAUAAUUGUAUAAAAACACAUACAUAUGUACUCAGAGAGAAAUGUGUAUGUGUAUCAAAUCUAUCCACAAGGUUCUUUAAAAGAUAAAUAACUAAAAAUGACAGGAUAACCGUAUAAGGCUCUUGCUCCCAGGCCUUUCUGCACAUAGCUCAAAGAGAGAUCCCCCUUCAUGGGCCCAAUAUUAAUUUUGGUAGCUUGUCAGUAUACAGGUUUAAAUGUGAUCUUUUUCCAUUGCUCUUGGGAAACCUCAUCAUAGUUCAAGUUGAAUUCAUGAAUCAGUCCUGCUAUCAGAAUCAAAAGGUAAGAAAUAGGAUGGGUAUAGAAGAUAACAGAAUUGGAAGUAAAAGAUUCAUUAGGGAGGCAAUCUGAGGUGUUUUAUUGGUUACUUUACAAUCAUUUCAUUCUUUAUAGAAGGAAAUAGAUAACACAAAGACCUAGAUUAAGGUGGGCAAAAGACCCAAUUACAUAAGCUUCUUGGAAUUUAUCUUCCGUAGUGUUAAGAAAAAUGUGAAUCAGCAUUUGGGGGUAAUUCUUGAAACCAAGCUUCACUUAGGUUUAAUUUAUGCUUUAAAUCCAUAGCUGUGGUUUCCCUG